CCCAUCCGUGACACAGGUGUCCACUGGAGUAAAUCCUCACCUCGAAUAUAUUCCGCCGAGGAGUGAUACCAAUAUAUUGGAGCGAUCCAAUAUAGUGAAACGUAACCACUUUCCAGAAGUUCUCUGUGUUUUUAGAGCGAUGACAAAUUGGCCCACGUGACUUAUCCUAGUGCGAAAGAGAAGAUAAACAACAUUCUCGGUUCAGACAUGUUCCUAUCAGAACAAUACGGCGACAAUGUUAACAACACUUCAAACGUGAGUCAUUCAUUUGUUAUAUCUUGAAAGAAACCGAAAACAACAAUGGCUGUAGCUAGCUAGUCCUUGGUGUAGUAUUCUGCGACUGCGUAACUAGUGCGACGUAAUUUUGGCUCUACUCAUUCUGUUGAAUUCCCCUUUGGUUUGCUGGCUGUUCACUUUCACUUUUCCUUACAUCUUUUUCCACCGUUUCGAGAAUGGCGGAGCUACAUAUUCAGGAAAAGCUGGUAAAUCUUUUAAAUCAAGGUAAUAUUCAGCUCAGGAAUCCACCUUACACAACAGAUGACAGCGAGGCAGGACAGCAAUCUCUUCAGGAGCUUGCAGUGAACUAUGCCCCCAUUGUGUGCAUCUCUGUGUCUGAAGUGGCCAGUGCCUUGGAGAGCCUCCGAUCCCAGGCAGUAAAGAGUGGAAUGGGGAACAAGACCUACGGAGAGACAUGUGUGGAACUCUUUCUGCCUAAAGACUUGAAAAAGUAUACCAAGAAGAAUAACUAUUUGGAGACACAACUGGAUGUCCUUGCUCAAGAUAUCAUGGAUAGGAUUACUGAACAAUAUGGACUUAAAUACAUCCAGUUAAUUUUUAAAGGGAAGACACUGACUCCUGAGAAGCGUCUGGAUGAACAGAAUGUGAAGAACAAAAGUAAGAUGAUGGUUCUGCGGGUGAGCGUGCCAGAGAGGAAGAACCAGAUGUUGGCGGUGGAGGAGGAGAAGAAAACGCAGGACCAGAGUGUCCAGAGAACCCAGAGGGGCUUCCAGAUCCUAUCAGAGAGAGAUGGUACCGAUGAUCCAGCCACGACUCCAUUCCUAGAGAUUGCUGAUCAGAAGGGAAACCCCCUGAAAAUACCUCACAGUAAAAAAAAGGCUCUGAUUUUAGCCAUGGGGUUCCAUGAGAAAGGCCGUGCUCUGAUGAAGAGGAAACAGUAUGAAACUGCUCUGGGCCACCUGGUGCAAGCUGACGACCAGUUUGUUAAGUGUGGCUCCAAGCUCUUGAACACAGUGGACAACUAUGCAGUACUGCAGCUGGACAUCGUGUGGUGCUACCGAGCCUUGGAGGCCCUGUCCUAUCUGGAUGACGGCAAGCGGAGGCUGCAGAUUGCUGAGGACUGCUUCCACAAUUGCUACGGAGACCAGCAGCAGAGGCUCAUGAAGAUCAAGGGAAACACCAGAGGAGAGGAGGUGCUGUUCCUCAGGCUGUACCUCCUGCAGAGCAUACUGGCGCACAUGGUUGGUAACGAGCGCCAGGCCACACAGAAGCUUAAGCAGGCUGAGGAUCUGUAUGAGCGUCUGUGUCUGAACCCAGGGGAGAUAAAAGCACUGAAGGAUCUGGGGUUCUCUGAGCAGGAAGCCCGUCUGGGUCUGAGGGCCUGCCAUGGCAACGUAGGCGAGGCCAUGCUGCACAUCACCCAUAGGAGACAGGAGAGGGAGGAGAUGAAACAGAAGGAGAGUGAGAAGAGGAGGAUGUGUGUGGAGGGCCUGGCUACCCUCAGAGCGCUGGGUUACUCCAAGAAAGACGCUACCUGGGCCCUCCUUCAGACAGACGGAGACAUGGACGGAGCCUACAGGAUGCUUCUAGAUUCUGCUGCUAGAACCAAUAACACAGAGCUCCCCAUAAGUCAAUCCAAGGUUGAGCAGCUGACAUACCCGGGUUGUGAGCCGGAGGGGGGAAACGUUCAGGGGGCCACCCAGCUGCUGCAGGACAACCAGGUGGUCCUGCCCCCAGAACUACUGUCCCCCUCUCCCGCCUCCUCACUGUUCGAGGAGCCCAGCACCACCUCUGAGUCCGCAGGUUCUGGGAGCCAAGGGGAGGCCCCUACGGACGUCGACCUGGUGAAUGAGGUGCUGGAGGACAUCCCUAUACACGAAGAGGACUACCUGGACCUGACCCUGGAGGAGGAGAGCGAGGUCAUAGACAAGAUGAAGUCCUACCUCUACAAGAACUGUGCCUCCUCCAACUAAAGUACUGUCCAGCCAGCAGCCAUUUUGAAAGCACUUCCACCUAUUCCAAGGGUGUUUGAUUUGAGUCUUUUUAGGCCCCAAAUUAGGUUUGUUUUUCUCUCCUCCACAAGCAAUAUAUUGAAAAUUGUAUCUUCUGUUUUUGUACUAAAGUGUUAUUAAUUGAGUUUAAUAACACAAACAUUUGAAGCUGGUUGACUAUAAUUUGUAAGGAAAUAAACUGACAUGGAUUGAAGACAAGAGAAUUUAACAAAUUAAGAUUUAGUAGAUAAACAUUGUUAUUGCUCUAUGCUUAAUAGCUACAGAGAGGACAAUUUUGAUUAUUUGAAGGUUCAUGUUUGAGAUUUCAAGACACAAUUAUAGGCCUCACAUUCUAAAUUCUAUGGUAAAGGGAUUUUUGGUUGCUUGUGUAAAAUAUUGUUCUAUUUUUCUUCAUCGCAAAUACUGUUGUAUAUGCUCUGGUUUAUGUUUGAGAUCCCUUUUUGACGGAAUUUGAUUAAGUUUGAUUUAAUGUUUUUUUUAAAUAUAUUAAAACAUAUAUGUUUGAUUGCCAA